AUGACCGUAUUAAGAAUACAACAAACAUUAAAUAUUGAAACUAAAAAACAUUCAUCAUUUGAAUUUGACCAUGCAUUGGAACAACAACGAAUAGUGAGUGGUUACAAUCAAUCACAUGUAGCCCCACCAGAUAGAAUAACUUCACUCUUAGUUAGUAUCCAACAUUUGACACGACAGCAUAUUUCGUCAUCUCAUCCAAUCGUCAAUGACAAAGCUGGGCAACACUCUUCAGAUCCAAUGCUAACAAAAAAUUUAACGACCCAACAUCCACAAUCAUCGGACAAUCCUGUAAUAGCAACAAAAAUAAAUAAUAAUAAAACAACAUCGUUAGAUAUUAAUAAAAUUGUUCAGAAUGCGUUUAAAUUGUCUGAAGCACAAGACAAGCGUUUGCGGAUGUUUGGAAAUGGUUGA